AUGAGGCCGAUUUUGAUGAAGGGACAUGAGCGUCCCUUGACGUUUCUUCGGUAUAACAGAGAUGGAGAUCUGCUUUUCUCUUGCGCUAAGGAUCACACUCCUACCCUCUGGUAUGCCGAUAAUGGAGAACGUCUCGGAACUUACCGUGGUCACAAUGGUGCUGUUUGGUGCUGCGAUGUCUCCAGAGAUUCUUCGAGAUUGAUCACUGGUAGUGCUGAUCAGACUGCAAAGCUGUGGGAUGUGAAAUCUGGACAACAAUACUUCACAUUCAAGUUUGGUUCUCCGGCUAGGUCUGUGGAUUUUGCUAUUGGUGAUAAGCUUGCAGUGAUUACCACUGAUCCUUUUAUGGAACGUACCUCUGCUAUUCACGUCAAGCGUAUUUCGGAAGAUCCCGAAGACCAGACUGCUGAUUCUGUGCUUGUCCUUGAAAGUCCUGAGGGAAGGAAGAGGAUUAACAGAGCUGUUUGGGGUCCUUUGAACCAAACCAUUGUUAGCGGUGGUGAAGAUGCCGUGAUCAGAAUCUGGGAUUCUGAGACUGGAAAAUUGCUCAAGGAAUCAAAUGUGGAAGAUGGUCACAAGAAGACCAUUACAUCGCUUUGCAAAGCAGCUGAUGAUUCUCACUUUAUUACGGGGUCACUUGACAAAACUGCAAAGCUGUGGGACAUGAGAACACUUACUCUCAUCAAGACAUACAUUUCUGGGGUCCCCGUAAAUGCUGUCUCCAUGUCUCCACUUCUCAACCAUGUUGUGAUUGGAGGUGGUCAAGAUGCAUCAGCUGUCACUACCACUGAUCAUCGUGCUGGAAAGUUCGAAGCCAAAUUCUAUGAUAAGAUUCUGCAAGAGGAAAUUGGUGGUGUGAAAGGUCAUUUUGGACCUAUAAAUGCCUUGGCAUUCAAUCCUGAUGGGAAGAGUUUCUCGAGUGGAGGUGAAGACGGGUACGUGAGAUUGCAUCACUUUGACUCCGACUACUUCAACAUCAAGAUUUAG